AUGGAUCAUAAGAAUAACAUGUACGUUCUUAACAACGAAUAUGAAAACCGUAAAUCGAUCUGUGAGCGAUUAUAUAAAAUAUACAAAUCUUAUGACUUCGUAUGGUGUAAUCAAUCAUACACCUCGCUGGCAACUUCAUUAUUUAAACACAUGAGAGGCUAUCUUCCGGAAUCACAAUAUGACACCAAAACACGGGAGAUAUUAGAAGAUUUUUAUCCUCGACCACUACAAUGGUGUUCAACUGACCCAGCACCCGAUAAUUUAGUGUCAUUAAAUAUCUCAAAAUGUUAUCCUUCUAUACUGAUCGAUAAUGAAUCACCAAUACCAUUAUAUACAAUCCACGAUAUUAUCAAGCCCUUUGAUGGGGUAUUUAAGACUGGCGAAUAUUACAUCGAAGAAUAUGUCAUCGAAAAACGACUAAGAAAAGGUAUCAAAAUAGAGGCUGGUUUUUAUCGCAAACAAUUAGUACAAACAUUGAUCGCAAAGUUUAAGAUGCCUAUCUCUAAUGUCAAAUGGUAUAUCCAAGCACGUAAAACAUUAGUCCUGGAUACAUUCAAGAAUUACAUGUUAGCAAUCUUUUCAAUGUUCCCAGAACCCCAAGCAAAAUUAAUAGCAAACAGUUACAUCGGUGAACUGGGUAGAAAAUAUAGUCGCAAAGACCAUGGUUUUACAUGUAACUCACUAGAUACGGCACAGUGCAUCUGGACAUCUGCUGUUGCCGAGAAUCGUGAUGUUGUUAUUGACAGUUAUCAGAAUCCAAACACUAAACAAGAAUUAUACCUAAUCAGAGAGCGUCAAAUUGAGCGCAUAUUUUCUGACAAUACAUCAAUCAACCGCUUUGUUAUCUCACAGUCCAUAUUAAAAUGUUUGAACAUGUUACAUGACAAUGCGAGUCACGAUAAUGAUGGCAAUGGAAUCAGUCAAGUGUAUGCAAUCAAUACUGACGGCGUAUUUAUGACUAAUCCUAAAAACCAAUACCCCAACAAGAAAGAUGUCGAAUUUACAACUGACAGUAUCGGAAAGAUAUUCCAAACUGAUAGCCCAGCUGUAUAUUCCGAGAAACAUUACAGGGAGAAUUUUAAUCCUAAUAAUUACUCCGAUUAUGUGGGAGACGGUGCUAUUUAUUAUGGCGGCGCCGGAUGCGGUAAAACAUACAGAUUAUGCCAAAAGGCACUAGCAGCCGAUGGCCCCAUAAUCCUAUCAUUUACUAAUAAGGCUAUCCAGAAUGUAAAAUCGGUAUUGUGUGAUGUGUACAAUAAUUAUGAGGUAGCUAAGAAGUGUUAUACUUUUGAUCUGUUCUUUUGUGAUCAUCACGGACGUGACAUAACAGCACUAGAGGGCAAAACAAUAUUUGUGGACGAAUACUCCAUGACUCCUCAUAAGUGGAUGAAGGAAGCUCUAUCAAGCGUUCACUAA